GGAAAAGUGUUUUUAAACCAAACCGUGGAAAAUGUAAUUCAAAGUCUUCCCUGUCCAAAAACACAGCAGUUUCAGGGUCCUCUGCUCACCCUCACCUUCAACCUCAACCUAAAGGGCUAACGUCCCUUUCUUCUUUCGUCACUGUAGCAAAGCAGAUAGUUGCUAAUCAACCAAAAACAGCAAUCAAUCACCAACUCUUAUUCGUUUUAUUCUUAAUUCUCAAGUAAUCUUUUGAUUAAACUGCACUUUACCCAUAACCAACUUACUCACCAAAUCAAAUACCUGUCCUCUCAGUUGAGUUCUUUCUCUCUCUAUUCCCACCAACCUAAACAUGAAGCUCUCCGCCUUGCAUCAGAGCUACUUGAAUCGCCGGACCAAUAGCUUUAGAGGAUCAGCACCGUUGGAUUCCUCAUCCGACACUGCCAUCAAGUCGCCGGCCGCCGUUUUCUGGCUCCUCCUUCAUGGUCUCUGCUGUUUAAUCAGUUUGGUUCUCGGUUACCGUUUUUCUCGCUUGGUGUUUUUUUUCCUAUUUUCAACUUCUGCAACUACAACCAAUUUCUACACCGCGCCGUUUCGAAACGCGGCUACUGACCUCGCGACCACUGUUCUGUCUUCGAAUCCGACGGUCACUAAUAAUGUUGAAGUUCCAGUUGUGAACAAAACGACGCCGAGCUCGAACUCGAGAGUGGUGGUGGGUCGGCAUGGGAUCCUGAUCCGGCCGUGGCCCCACCCUAACCCGACGGAGGUGAUGAAAGCGCAUAGAUUAAUCGAGAGAGUGCAGAAAGAGCAGAGAGCUCAUUUUGGUGUGAAAAAUCCGAGAACGGUGAUUGCUGUGACUCCUACUUAUGUAAGGACGUUCCAAACGCUUCACUUGACUGGUGUGAUGCACUCGCUUAUGCUGGUGCCGUACGAUCUGGUGUGGAUCGUGGUGGAGGCAGGUGGAGUGACCAACGAAACGGCGUCGUUGAUUUCCAAGUCUCAAUUAAGGACCAUCCAUGUUGGGAUUAAGCAAAGAAUGUCUAAUUCGUGGCAGGAAAGGCAUAAAUUGGAGGCCAAAAUGAGGCUCCGCGCUUUGAGAGUUGUGAGAGAAGAGAAGCUGGAUGGGAUUGUGAUGUUUGCGGAUGAUAGUAAUAUGCACAGUAUGGAGCUGUUCGAUGAAAUUCAAAAUGUGAAAUGGUUUGGUGCUGUCUCGGUUGGAAUUCUUGUUCAUUCAGAAGAUCCAGAUGAGCCAUCAUUAGUGCUGAAGGAGAAAGAGGAUGGUGCAGAGAGCUCACCAGUGCCUGUUCAAGGACCAGCUUGUAACUCAUCCAAUAAGUUGGUUGGUUGGCACACUUUUAAUUCCUUGCCAUAUGCUGGGAAGGCUGCAACUUACAUUGAUGAUAGGGCAACUGUGAUUCCCAGGAAGCUGGAAUGGGCUGGGUUUGUUUUGAGUUCCAGGUUACUUUGGAAGGAAACCGAUGAUAAGCCAGAGUGGGUGAAUGAUCUGGAUUUACUGGAUGGGGUUGAGGAUAUAGAGAGUCCACUGUCUCUGUUGAAGGACCAUUCCAUGGUGGAGCCACUUGGAAGCUGUGGGCGCCAAGUUUUACUUUGGUGGCUACGUGUUGAAGCUCGUGCUGAUAGCAAGUUCCCUCCAGGAUGGAUAAUCGACCCACCAUUGGAGAUUACUGUCCCAGCAAAACACACACCAUGGCCAGAUGCCCCUCCUGAACUCCCAUCUACAGAAAAGUUAGUGACGAGCAUGCAGGAGCAGACAGUGAAGCAUUCUGCAAAAACUCGAACACCCAGAUCAAAACGCAGUUCUCGAAGUAAGAGAAAGCGUGAACCAAAAGUGAUAGACCCACAGGUUUCUUCAAGGCAUUCUGAACAAAAAACUGAAAAGUAGCCUUGUGGUGUGAAUUUAGAGUACUGCUAUAGCCUAAAGCACCAAGAAAUUUAUUUCCUGAGAGGGACAUACAGAGGUUCAUGCUGAAUUGGGGGAUACAGAAGACUAGGCAAAUCUUGCAGCUGGCUGUUGGAUACAUCGUCUUGUGGUUUGAGGGUUACUCCUAAGCAUCACAUAUUUUUUCUUUCUUUCUUUCCUCCUUUCUGUUUUUUUUUUUUUUUAAAUGGAAGAGCAAUUCAACUAAGACCUGCCACAUUGUUAACCUUGCAGGAAAGCUUGUUUCUGACGUGCUUAAAAUUUUAUACAUAAUCUUUUGAUAGGAAUCAUGGUGGUGUUCAAUUGUUGAAUUUAGUAAAAAUGAUACCAGUUGUAAUAAAUUUUAUUUCAUUCAUUGCUAAAAGAAAAUAUAAAAUUAUUCCUUGCA